ACCACCAGGUGGCGACACGUGUAUUGAAGGCGACCAUGUGUUCCAUGGUGUCUUCAGACUUGGGGAGCUUAGUGGGCAGGAUCGGGAUCACUUGAGCAGACAGAGAGGAGAGGAGAAAGUCAAGGAGGAAGAGACAAGCAAAAACCAGCACUGAAGCUCACCUUUUCUUUAAGACGCUCAUCCAUUCACGGAGUUUGUGCAACUUUCCAUUAAGUCGCCAACUUUUUUGUGUGUGGAGGUACUCCCAACUGCAACUUUUGACCGCGGUGGAUGUUUAAAGCGGACCAAGGUGAAACACGCAGCCCAGAGGAAUGUAUCCGAGUCGGACAGCGACGAGCGGGUGUCUUCGGAGAUGUCCAGGCUGGAUGGCCGUGCUGCUCAUCGGCAUCUUGGACUUCGGAGCUGCCGCGUCUGAGUUUGCCCAAGACCCUAGCGUGGUAUCAGCCCCGUCAUGGAACACCUCCAGUGAUGGCUCAUAUUUCAUCCGUCUCGAGACUCCCAUGAACAACAUAACCACAUCUCUGGGCCAGACAGCUGAGCUGUUUUGUCGCGUGGCCGGUAACCCGCCACCAACAGUUCGCUGGCUAAAGAACGACGCGCCUGUGGUACAGGAGCCACGUCGGGUUUCUUACCGUUCAACACCAUACGGAUCACGUCUUCGCAUCCGCAACCUGGACACUACGGACACUGGCUACUUCCAGUGUGUUGCUACCAACACCCACGGCACAGUGUCCACAACAGGCGUACUGUUCGUCAAAUUCGGUCCACUGCCUCCGCCUCUACCAGGACGGCCAACGGAGGAGUUUGAUGAGGAGGGGUUCUGCCAGCCCUACAGAGGCAUUGCCUGUGCCCGCUUCAUCGGUAACCGCAGCAUCUUUGUCGACUCGUUGCAGAUGCAGGGGGAGAUCGAGACGCAGAUCACGGCUGCCUUCACCAUGAUCGGAACAUCCAACCAUUUGUCAGAUCGCUGCUCUCAGUUCGCCAUCCCGUCACUCUGUCACUUCGCUUUCCCCACCUGCGACCGCAGCUCGGGGGCUGACAAACCUCGGGACCUGUGCAAGGAUGAGUGUGAGAUUCUGGAGAAUGACUUGUGCAAGACGGAGUACAUCAUCGCCCGCUCCAACCCCAUCAUACUGAAGAGGCUGAAACUGCCAAACUGUGACGAUCUGGCAGCGUCGGACAGUCCUGAGGCGGCCAACUGUCUGAGGAUCGGAAUACCCAUGGCGGAGCCUAUUAACAAAAACCACAAGUGCUACAACAGCAGCGGAUCAGAUUACCGCGGCACUGUCAGCGUGACCAAAUCCAACCGUCAAUGUCAGCCAUGGAACUCCCAGUAUCCUCACAGUCACAAUUUCCUGGCUGUCCGCUACCCAGAGCUCAACGGAGGACACUCUUACUGCCGCAACCCCGGGAACAAACACGAAGCCCCCUGGUGCUUCACGCUGGAUGAGGGGGUGCGCAUGGAGCUCUGUGACAUACCCAUCUGUGACCAUAAGGAGAAGUCUGGCGGCAGCAACAUGGAGAUCUUAUACAUUCUGGUUCCCAGUGUGGCCAUCCCAUUGGCCAUUGCUUUGCUUUUCUUCUUCAUUUGUGUGUGUCGCAACAACCAGAAGUCCGCCAGGCCAGCUGCGCCUCGCCAGCCUAAACCGGUCCGUGGACAGAAUGUCGAGAUGUCCAUGCUUACGACACCAUACAAGCCAAAGAGUAAGGCCAAAGAGCUCCCCUUGUCAGCGGUGCGUUUCAUGGAGGAACUUGGAGAGUGUACAUUGGGGAAGAUCUAUAAGGGACACCUGUACCUACCAGGCAUGGACCAAGCACAGCUGGUUGCCAUCAAGACCCUCAAGGACAUCUCCAGUGUUCAACAGUGGAGUGACUUUCAGCAGGAGGCCGCAGUCCUAACAGAGCUGCAACACCCCAAUGUGGUGUGUCUGCUGGGCGUGGUGACCCAGGAGCAGCCUGUCUGUUUGCUCUUCGAGUUUCUUCCUCAAGGCGACCUUCACGAGUUCCUCAUCAUGCGCUCGCCCCAUUCUGACGUCGGCUGCAGCAGUGACGAGGAUGGAACGGUUAAAUCCAGUCUGGAUCACGGUGACUUCCUGCAUAUGGCCACCCAGGUGGCUGCUGGGAUGGAGUACUUGGCCAGUCACUUCUACAUUCAUAAGGACCUCGCUGCACGGAACAUUCUAGUUGGCGAGCAGCUCCACGUCAAGGUAUCUGACCUGGGCCUCUCCAGAGAGAUCUACUCGUCAGACUACUACUGUAUCCAGCCCAAAACCCUUUUUCCGAUUCGCUGGAUGCCUCCCGAGGCCAUCGCCUACGGAAAGUUUACCACAGACUCCGACAUCUGGUCGUUUGGAGUGGUGCUGUGGGAGAUCUUCAGCUACGGUCUGCAGCCUUAUUACGGCUUCUCCAACCAAGAAGUGAUGGAGAUGGUUAGAAAAAGGCAGCUAUUGCCCUGUCCUGAAGACUGUCCCCCAAGGUUCUAUGGUUUGAUGACUGAGUGCUGGCAGGAAGGCCCAGCACGGAGGCCUCGCUUCAAGGACAUCCACAGCCGCCUACGAGCCUGGGAGGGGCUGUCGUCUCACGCCAGCUCCAGCACGCCGUCUGGUGCCGGAGGUAACGCCACCACACAGACCACUUCGCUGAGUGCCAGCCCAGUUAGCAACCUGAGCAACCCUCGCUACGCCACCACCGCUGCCGCUGCAGGGUAUCUCUACCCGGCCCAGGCUUUAACCUCCCCAGCGCAGAUGGCUCACAUUCCGGCCUGGGCACCCAUGGCGGUGCCUCAAACACAUCAGCGCUUUAUUCCCGUCAAUGGCUACCCGAUUCCUCCGGGCUACGCAGCUUUCCCUGCUCACUUCCCUCCCCAGGCGCCACCCGCCAGAGUAAUCCAGCAUCACAUGCCGCCUCCUAAAAGUCGCUCGCCGAGCAGCGCCAGCGGCUCCACCAGCACGGGUCACAUCAGUGGCGUUCCCUCCACCACGGGCUCCAAUCACGACGCAAACACACCACUGUUGUCUCACUGCAUCAUGCCAGGGAACGGCGGAGUCCCUCAGGUGUACGGACAGCUGUCCCAGAAGGUGGCAGGACAACUGGACCACACGUCACAAACAUCAGCGCUGCUUGCGCCUGAUUCUGACGUAAUGAUGUAUAAUGACGCCGUAAUCACUGCAGACCUGUAAAUAAAAGAAGGGAGCAUCACUCCUCCCCAUUUGGGACCAAUUGGAGACAUUUUGCAUCUCAUCCAGGGACCCAGGCCAAGAAUUAAAUACAGACCAUGUGAAGACUCUGACAAAGUGUACUUAAUACCAUAACCUUUCAAAUGUUGCAUUGUUAUUUUAACCGUUGUGUAAAUACAGUACAUGAAUGAGUGAAUGAAAUGCAAAGUUAUAUUUUAUUAUGGUGAAAAAGAAGUUCCAGUGUACAGUAAGUAGUGGAGUCAGUGUUUAAGGACUUAAUUAUUAUACGGAGACUACCUUAUUUUAAAAUAGUAAAGAAAAUGUUCUUUCCUUGUAAAAACACAAUUUAUCGACCCUCAACUUAGUAAACAAUAACUGGAAGUCUGCACUGACGCAAACAAAAACCUAAAACCAUAGCAUGCUUGGCUUUGACAGGGUCAAAUUCCAGGUUUUUUUUUAGUCUUCAGACCCCAAAGACCACUAGCAGUAUUUGUAUAAACGCCGGGUGAAACUUCACACAAAAUCUCUUCAACUGAAUGUUGUUUUUUUUCCCCCUGCAUCUUCAAUGACAAGUAAGAAGGAUUGUAUCCUGUAUUAUCUCCGUUUGUGUCCCGGGAUAAUCAAAUAGGAGGAAGAUAUGACAAUGACAACAUAUACAUGCAAGACUGAAGUUUGCAUCGUUCACCACACGUAGCCCUUAGAUCGGGGGUGUCCAAAACCUUUACAGACAAAUUAAAAGUAUUCUUCACUGCUUUGUUUCUAUUUUUUAUUUUAAAUAUUCCACAACUUUUCUUGCAUUUGUAAUGGCCUUAACAUGCAUAAACUCAGUCGCUUCUGCCACCAGUUUCACAGAAUGUUUCGAAAUGUGGUCCAAAAACCAUGGGUUGUAUUUCAAAGAACUAGUCCAAGGCACUUUGACCAAAUGAGCCCAAAUAAAAAUCAUAGAUAAUAGACGGACGGGCAAUUUUAUAAGGAUUUUAGGCUGUUUGGGCUGUCAAACGUUAAUAACUGUACUCCAUAAAGUCAGCUUUUUCAUCAUAAUUGAUGCUGCUUGUAGCUUUAGCUUGUUUUGUUCAUUUUAAUUGAACAUAAUAAAAACCACUCCAGUGUAGCUGUUAACAAUAUUUCAAGGAACAUUAAAUAUUUCAACUUUUUUCAUUGUGUGCCGAGAAUAAUCAAGUCGCCAGCUGCAAAAUAGCACACAAACCGCACUUUGGACACCUCUGCCUUAGGUGAAUCUUCCCAUCAGUCGGCUCUCACGCUCACACAGGAACAGUUUGUGUUUGUAUGUGUUAAUAUGGAUCGGAUAUGACUUUUUGUGGUGUUUUUUUCAGUGUUGGAUUUUUUGAAGGAAGCUUGUAUUCAUGUCUGCAUUGUGGAAACAGACAGUCAAAUCAUGGCAGUGCUACCUUUUUAUUAUGGAUUUUUUUUUGUUAUACCAAUGGAUUAUUAAGGCCUGAGUCUUUUCCCAAAGAAUAAUUUUAUUGCUUAUAUUUAACUAUACUGAAUGUUUAAUGAAAAUGUAAAAACCUAGAUCCAGAAACACACCACAUGUGUAUACCCAUCACAAAUAUUUGAUGGUGCUCAGUUAGAAGCAGGUUUGUGUUAGACAAGAAAAACAAUCCCAGAAACACACGCAGUAGCAUAACCGUUAUAAAUGUGUGUUAGAAAUUGACAUCCUAUAAGGCAGACAAUCAUUCCUGUAGGUGUUCUUCUAUGUAUGUGUUGAAAUACAACAAUGAACAUGACCGAAGUCAUUUGCAUGGACGUUAGAAAGUCUAUCAGUAUGAUACUCUUACAUACACACAUGUAGAACUCCCUCAACAUCAUGAAAAUAAAUCAAUUGGGGCAUGGAGGUUGUAUAUAUAAUGUAGCAGUGCAAAAACCACUUGUACACAACACUGUGAAUUUAAUCAAAUCAAUGUACUUUUUUUUUGGCAAAACAAUCAUUUGGAUUUUUGUCUGUUUGUUUGUUUUACAUAAAAUCAAAUCUUCAAUUUUUAAUAUUUUAAGUCGUCAUUAGGUGCCAGUUACAUGUAAAUGCGGUUUACAUUAUGUUUGUACCACCAAGAGAGGCCUUUUCUUUGUAUGAAUAUUUUUGCACAGGUUGUUUUGUAUUGCAAAGUCAUUUAUUAAAUAA